AUGUCACUACUUAACAACGAAAGGCUUGCAAGGAAAAUUAAUCGAGUAUUUGAUAACAAUGCCUUUUGGUGGGUGUGGUUGCCAGACCCUUUUGUGGGUUACUCUGUUCGUGGUUCAUAUCACAUGCUGACUUCUAGAGACGUUCCUCUUAGGGAUCCUGCAUCAUCUUUGAUCUGGCAUAAUCAGGUGCCGUUGAAGGUUUCUUUAUUUGCUUGGAGGUUGCUUCGUGAUAGAUUGUCUAUUAAAGCUAAUUUGGUUCAAAGACGGGUGCUUGACUCAGAAGCUUCUUUGUGUGUUUCAGAUUGUGGCAUGAGUGAAACAGCGCAACAUUUGUUUCUAUCUUGUGACGCUUUUUCAUCUUUAUGGCCUCUGGUGCACUAUUGGCUGGGUAUUCUUGGUGUUGAUAUCAAUGUUCUUCUUGAUCAUUUUCUUCAGUUUGUGAACUUGACAGGUGGAGGUAAAGCUAUUAGAGAUUUUUUUCAGCUUAUUUGGCUCUUGUGCGUUUGGGUUUUAUGGAACGAACGUAAUAACAGGUUUUUCAAUAAUGUUGUAACUUCUAUUCCCAGAUUGUUAGAUAAAGUUAAAUAUAUGUCUUUAGCCUGGUUGAAAGCCAAUAAGGUUGUUUUUAGGUUUGGUUCAGAUAUGUGGUGUUCAAGUCCCUUACAAUGCUUGGGCAUCACGUAA